UUGAAUAUUUUGUACUGAAUUGGUGUCAAUCGAAUUUAUUGUUCAUCAAUGCCAAAAGACAUACCUACUCCUGUUCAACAGCUAACAACUUAAAAUACGAAGUUACGGUCUUCGACAAGGUUGUUCUGCGGAAGAUUUUGUGACCUGUAAGUUACGAAAUUAAAUCGAAGUCCCGAAGAAGAUAAUGGAGUACGUGGCCAUGAUUAAAACGCACGUUGUUUGGAAGACAAAAGUUUAAGAACUUGAUCAGGGGCAAGAAACGUGGGUACUGGAGGCGAUUCGUGGAUGGGUUAUCUCGAGAAACGUCUCUGCACACGCUUUGGAAAACAGCUCGAAACAUGCGAAAUUACACACCUUCGAACGAAAGUGAAGAAAGCUCGAGUCGUUGGCUGACACAGUUCGCGAAAAAGGUCUGUCCGGACGCAGUACCAGCUCAGAAAAACUAUCGGGAUACAGAGAAUAGUUCCGAAACGGAGGAUCAAUUCUCGAUGGUCGAACUUUCACUUGCGCUCUGGUCUUGUAACAAUUCAGCUCCCGGACUGGACAGAUUCAAAUUCAACUUGUUGAAGAAUCUGCCAGAUACCGCUAAGAAACGCUUGCUGAAUUUAUUCAAUAAGUGUUUAGAGAUGAACAUUGUGCCGCAUGAAUGGAGACAGGUGAAAGUUAUCGCCAUCCAAAAACCGGGAAAACCAGUUUCUGAUUACAACUCGUAUAGGCCGAUUGCAAUGCUCUCGUGUCUCCGGAAAUUGCUCGAAAAAAUGAUUCUCUUUCGGCUGGAUAAAUGGGUUGAAUCAAACAAUCUGUUGUCAAGUACACAAUUUGGAUUCCGUAGAGGCAAGGGUACGAACGACUGUCUAGCAUUACUUUCAUCAGACAUUCAAUUGGCGUUUGCCCAAAAAGAGCAGAUGGGGGCAGUAUUUCUGGACAUCAAAGGGGCAUUCGAUUCGGUGUCCAUAGAAGUACUAUCUAGUAAUCUUAGCUCUUGCGGACUUUCACCAAUUUUGAACAAUUUUCUAUACAACCUGUUGUCUGAAAAAAUCAUGCAUUUUAGUCAUGGAGAAACAAUCGUUGAACGAAUUAGUUACAUGGGUCUACCCCAAGGCUCUUGUUUAAGCCCCCUGCUAUACAACUUUUAUGUCCGAAAAAUCGAUGCUUGUAUGGCACAAAAUUGCACGCUAAGACAGCUUGCGGAUGACUGUGUUGUUCAUAUCACGGGUAAAAAAGACACUCAAAUAAAAUCUCCGUUGCAAGAAACUCUAAAUAAUUUAUCAUAUUGGGCCAGGAAUCUAGGUAUCGAGUUUUCGCCUAGUAAAACCGAGUUAGUAGUUUUUUCAAGGAAGCAUUCCCCUCCUCAAAUAGAGCUCCUUAUGAUGGGUAGAACUCUAACUCAAUCUCUUAGUUUUAAAUAUUUGGGUGUCUGGUUCGACUCUAAAUGCCUCUGGGGAAAACAUAUUAGGUACUUGACACAAAAAUGCCAAAAAAGAAUCAAUUUUCUUCGAACGAUUACUGGAAACUGGUGGGGUGCUCAUCCACAGAACCUCAUCAGGUUAUACCAAACAACGAUACUGUCGGUCAUAGAAUACGGAAGCUUUUGUUUUGGGUCCGCCGCGCAAACCCACUUGAUUAAACUAGAACGAAUACAGUAUCGUUGUUUGCGUAUUGCCAUGGGUUGUAUGCAAUCGACACAUACGAUGGGUCUCGAAGUACUGGCGGGAGUAAUGCCGUUGACAAACCGGUUCUUCGAUUUAUCGCUACGUUUCCUAAUUCGAAGUGAAACUAUGAAUCCUUUGGUGAUAGAAAAUUUGGAAAGGUUUAUGAAUAUUAAUCCGCAAGUAAAAUAUGUAAAUAAUUAUGAUACAUUUAGGCAAUUAGAAAUAAAUCCUUCUUUAUCAAAUUCGGACACGAGUCACUUUUACCCGAUUAGCAGUUCCUUGAUAAGAUUCGAUCUGUCCAUGACCGCUGACAUCCGUGGAAUACCAGAUCACGUCCGACCCAACGUCAUUCCUUCAAUCUUUGCAUCAAAAGUACGUGAAAUUGACCCUACAAAAAUGUUCUUUACUGAUGGUUCUAGAAUCGACGGCGCGACUGGUUUCGCAGUGUACAAUGAGCGCUUUGAAGCUUCGUUCAAGCUUCGAGAGCCAUGCUCCGUUUACGUUGCCGAACUAGCCGCAAUUUAUUGUACCUUGGAACACAUUCGCACACUGCCCGUAGACCACUAUUUCAUCUAUUCGGAUAGUCUCAGCUCCGUUGAGGCGAUUCGAUCGAUGAAACUGAUGAAGCGCUCUUCCCAUUUUUUGCUGGAAAUUUCAGGGAUAUUGGGCGCUUUGAUCGAAAAUUCGUAUAGGAUUACCUUAGCUUGGAUCCCGUCUCAUUGUCUUAUUCAAGGCAAUGAGAAUGCGGACUCAUUGGCUAAGGUGGGUGCGUUACAAGGUGAAAUCUUUGAGAGGAUAAUAACUUACCAUGAAUAUUUUUCAAUACCUCGCACUUUAGCGAUUAACGCUUGGCAGUCUAGCUGGGAUAAUGGCACAAAGGGACGUUGGCUCCAUACGAUUAUCCCUAAGGUUCCGACGAAGGCAUGGUUUAAGCAUUUUAACAUGAGUCGCGACUUCAUUCGCGUGGUUUCUCGGCUCAUGUCAAAUCACUGCCGGCUUGACGCGCAUUUGUUUCGUAUACAACUAGCUACAAGCAAUGUUUGUGUUUGUGGGGAUGGCUACCACGACAUUGAUCAUGUUGUGUGGACGUGUGAACGGUUUGAUCGAUCGAGGGCUUGGCUACUGGAUACCCUUAGGGCCCGAAGUAAACUACCUGGUGUUCCAAUUCGAGACAUCUUGGCAAACUUAGAUCUUCAAUAUUUGUACCCUAUAUACAAAUAUCUUAAAAUCAGUCUCCGGUGA